GGAUUUCUUCAACACCGGUCCGCUUGGUUGGGUCACGAAUUUCAGCUGAUAAAUAGAGUGCUUAUAUUCAAAUUAAAAUUCAUAUUAUAAUAAAACAUGGUAUGAAAACUGAACUAUUGAUUUUUUUUUUAAAUGAGUUAUCUUCUCACAUAAAAUAUUCUGAACUUAUAAUUCUUAUAACAUCUGGAGAGAAUAUUAUAAAGCAAAGUAGUUUCACCAUACAUCUCUAUAUGACUAUCAUCUCUAUACUUUGCACGGCGGAAAAGACUAAAGAAAGAGUAAAUAAAGUAAACUUUCUGUAUUCUGUUUGGUUAUGUUGAUGUUGAAUUGAUGUAAAAUCGAAUUUGGUAAUAAUUUAAGCUGCUAUUUGUUUUAUUCAAGAUUUUAAACUCAAUUCUUUAUUAAUAUUUUAGUUCACCCAUAUAUUUCAAUAGCCAAUUAUGUUUAAAGAUGAUAGUGACUCUGAUGACGAAGGGAUACUAAGUAAAGCUUACGCAAAGAUUGCCGAAAAAACAAAGAAGGGCAUUGAUCCUGAUGCCUCCUAUGCGAGUGAGUCUGAUAUUAAUGCUGCAAGUUGUACUCAGGAUUCUACAUUAGAUUCUGCUUUGUUCGAUGCCUCUCUCUUAGACACCAGUGAUCGGCCUUCAGAACGCAUUGAAUCUGUGAUUGCAGUUGAUUCUGCUCCCUUGAGAAGAUCUCCCGAACGCAUUGAACCUGUGAUUGUAGUUGAUUCUGCUCCCGUGAGAAGAUCUCCCAGAAUAAAAAAUACUCAUCUGAACGUGUCAAUUGAUAAUGACGUUGAUUUCAUCACAUCUAAAAGACGGAGAUCAGCGCGAAGAGUUGUACCUCCGGAACACAGUAGUGAAAAUCCUUCUACUCAAAAACGAAACACUAGAACUAAGCGUGGCAGGAAACGAAAAAAUCCAAAUGUAAUUUGCAUAGGAUCUGAUGAAGAGGACAGCUACUCUUCAUUCGCUAUUUCUUCCAAAUCUAAUGAAAAAGCCAUAGCUGGCUCUAAAGCUGUAAAGUUCAAUUCCAAGCAGAAUGAUGUGAUAUUACUAGGAUCUGAUGAUGAAACACCAUCGAGAAAUGAUCACUUGAAUGAUAUCAUGAAUGUCAAGAUAGAGUGGAUGUGUGAAGGCGGAUUAAUUAUUCCACAUGGAAGGGCUGAACCAUUUUCAAAAAUCUAUGAAGAACUAUCAAGAACGAAAGGUUAUGAUGUAAAUAAAAUUGUCCUUUCUACAAGAAACGGGAAAAUAGUGAAGCAUCACGAGACCCCGCUCAGUAUUAAAUUGAGAAUAAUCGAUAUCCUAGAGGGAAGUAUAUCAUCGAAAGCGAUCGAAAACGAAGACAGUCAUAGUACUGAAGAUGCAGAUAGUGAGAUUAACAACAAAAAUCUGUUGAACUUCAAAAUAUUAGUGGAAGGACAGAAAGCGCCUAGUUAUGUCAAGAUAGAGAAGGACCAGACUAUGCAUGUUCUAUUAACAAAGUUAGCGGGAAAACUGAAUUGCAGCGUUGAUAGAAUGAGAUUGUGGUUCGAUGGAGAAAUGGUGAGACUUCAAGACACUCCUAUCGACUUGGAUUUGGAAGGCGACGAGUGUUUUGAAUUAAAAUUCAAGAAAAAGUGAAAUCGAAAAUUCAAUAAUAAUGAAUAAGAUUGUAAAGGAUGAUUUAUUAUUAUAUUCAUACAUGUAGAACUUACACGAAUGAGGCAUUAUUGAGCGACCUUCAGUGUGAACGUUGCCUUUUGUAAUAUACUUUAUAUUAUAUAAAAAA